AUGAAGAGCGGUGCUAUUGGUAUUGCUAAGCAGCAGCAGUCGUCCCCCUUCUCAGUGGGUUCCCUGGUCGAAGUCACCAGCGACGAAGAGGGCUUCCAGGGUGCCUGGUAUCUCGCCACUCUCCUCCGACCGCCUUCUUCUUCCUCUUCCCCUACUAGAUCUGCUUCUUCUUCUUCCUCCUCUACUUCCUCUGCCAAGAAGCGCAAAUCCAAAUUCCACCCCAAUAGUAAGGCCUACGUACAGUACCACACCCUCGUCGCCGAGGAGGGCUCCAACGUCCCUCUCCGCGAGUCCGUCAAUGCCGAAUUCCUCCGUCCUUUGCCUCCUCCUGACCCUCCUUCUUCUGAACCCUAUUUCGACCUAGGCGACGUCGUCGAUGCUUACUACAGGGACGGCUGGUGGACUGGUGUCGUCACCGCUCUUCUUCUUCACCACCAAGACGCCGACCGCCACUACCACCACAAGCAGGCCCAGUCCUCCCCUCUUCUGAGGUUCGUCGUCACCUUUCACAAUCCACCCGACGAACUUCACUUUGCUCCUUCCCAAUUGAGAUUUCACCGCCGAUGGGUCAAUUGCACCUGGGUCCGACCCGCCAAGCAGAGAGCAGCAGGACUGAUGUUUAGUGUGGGAAAAAGGGUUGAAGUGUCCUUUGACCGGGAAGAUUGGCGGGAUACUUGGUUCCCAGCUACCAUCCUCGAAGACAUUGGAAAUGACUCUUUUUUGGUGGAGUACCACUGUGAAGAUGCAGCUCCUCUGAGAGCAACGGUUAACUUCCUCCACAUCCGACCUUGUCCUCCACAUCUUAAGGACAAAAAUUUUGUUUUGUUGGAGAAGGUGGACGCCUACUACCAUUCUGGCUGGUGGCCUGGUGUAAUUACCAAAGCACUUGCUGAUUGUAGGUACAACGUCUUUUUUAAGCACACAAAGAGGGACGGGGAAUUCAACCACACUGAUUUGAGGCCUCACAUGGAAUGGAAAGAUGGAAAAUGGUUCACUUCUUCUCAGGUUCGAAAUCUUCUCUUGCAUGAUUCAGAAUAUGGUUUCUGUGUGGUUAAAGGUGACAUGCUAUUUGCACUGCUGUCCUUUCUGCGUAUUACUCUUGAAGUUCACUGUACUUGUGGUUUAUGGCGUGACAUUUUGCAUAAAUUAGAUUAUGAGAAGCCUGAAGGUCAUGUGUACAAUAAUGUUGAUAGCACAGAGGUGAGAGUUCCACUUGGAAACUCUGGCUUUAGGGAGAGCAACUCUGAAGAGAAAGCCGCUUCUUCUCUUAACUAG